UUGCAUUUCUUUAAUAUUACUGAAAGACAAGAAAUAACAUUUGGAUGCCAUUAUGACAAUUUAACCUUUAAUUUACUCCUUUAAUAAACUCAUUAAAUCCUUGUUGUUUCAGUGCAAUAUGUCACGAUUUGGUUUAGUUUCAAAAGAUAUAUUAAUUUCUACCAGGCCCUCAAUUAGAGCUUUAUAUCAAAGUAGGCACAAGACUACCCAUUUUGGAUAUCAAGAUGUGUCUGAAGAGGAAAAAUCUGAAAAAGUUCGUGAAGUGUUUGCAUCUGUUGCUGCAAAAUAUGACCUGAUGAACGACCUCAUGUCUGGUGGCGUCCAUCGCCUGUGGAAGGACUAUUUUGUUAAGCAAGUGGCGCCCGUGCCCCAGGCUAAGCUUCUAGAUGUGGCUGGUGGCACAGGUGACAUAUCAUUCCGGUACAUCCAGCGCCUGCUGUACCAGCAGCCGCAGCACAAAGAAUCAGAAAGCCAUCCCUCCAAGCAGGUGACCAUAUGUGACUUGAGUGAGAGUAUGUUGGCUGAAGGCAGGAAGAGAGCCAAGAAGCUGGGCUACACGGGCAUCAGCUGGGUGUGUGGUGACGCCGAGCAGCUGCCAUUCCCUGAGCACUGCUUCGACUGCUACACCAUUGCUUAUGGCAUCAGAAAUGUUGUUCAUGUCCAAAAAGCCCUGAAUGAAGCCUACCGCGUCCUGGAACCUGGUGGGCGAUUUAUGUGCCUUGAGUUCAGCCAAGUUCCCAACCCAGUCCUGAGAUGGUUCUACGACCAGUAUUCAUUCAACGUUAUUCCUCCCGUGGGCCACGUAGUGACCGGUGACUGGCACAGCUACCAAUACCUGGUGGAGAGUAUACGGAAAUUCCCUGAUCAGAAAACGUUUGCGCUGAUGAUUGAAGACGCUGGAUUCCGACGUGUUCGUUACGAAGAUCUCACAUUCGGCAUUACGGCUAUACACUCUGGCUAUAAAUUAUGAGACAAUCUCACUACGCGUUAGUUAUUUACAAUUGUGUAAUUAUUUAUUUACUAUGUUGAUUGAAGUUAAGUUCCAACCUUUUAAUGAAUCAAUUUAAUAAUCCCCUUGUUAUGUUAUAGUAAGGAAUCAUGUAAAUAUUAACAGUCCAGCUAUUAUUAUAAAAAGUUUUCAAUACUUAA